GAUUAAGUAGUUAAACUAAUCUUUAUAAUUAUUUUAAACAAUUAUUUUUUUAUUAUUAUUUUUAUUACAGUACUGUCCAAGAGUCUUUUUAGUUGCUGAGUCCACUUGUGGGUAUUUAACUUUAAUUUUAUUAUACCAGAAGGUGGCGCAAUUUGAAGGAAAAGUACCUCAAGCCAGACCCAGGUUUUAACUUGUGUGGACACUAGGUUUACCUGAAGGUAAACUGGGUAACUUUUUUUCUUACCCUUUAACUCCAUUUUAUCUUUUGUUUAUAUUUUUAUUUCUCUUCUCUUUAAAGUUAGCUUUUUGGAGACAUCAGCAUACAAUGUGACUUUCAGUGGGUUUGCCAGCAUCCAAAUUUGAAUAACUGUCAAUAAUGCAAAAACUGGCAUACAUUCUGUUUUCUGAAAAUACUUUUGGUAAUGUAUGCUAGUUGGUGGUAGUGGUCUAUUUGUUGGAUGCUAAAUUUCGAGUCAAGGAUGGCACCUUUUUUAUAUAGAAACCUACAAAUUCCAAAAAUAAUCUUUCAUUAAAGAUUACAUACUUUAAUAGUGUCAAGUCCUCCCCCUUCAAACAACUGACAAGGAGUGGUUUGUGGAUGAAUGGACUUGUACGCACACUUUCCUGACAGAAGCUGAUUCAUCCAAGCCCACGAAAAUGAGCUCAUCACCCUCGUCGCCCCCCCCCCCCCUUUUUUUUUUUUCUUUCUCCGCUCCCCCUCCCUUCCCGUUAUUUAGCUCGCUCAUUCUUGAACAGACACAUCCCUCUUGUUUUAAAUCAAAACAGGCCCUCCUCCUUGGCAGUGGGAGCUGUUGUAGUUCAAACUGAAGAGGGUAUUUUGAAAGGCGCUGUAAAACAUUUCGGAGCUAUUGUAAUGUUAAAUGGUCUACAUUUACCACAAAUUUCUUCACGUCUUAGUAACAACUGGUGUGCCUGCACAAUCACAUGCUCUGGUCUGUAUGCCGCUCAAGGCAACUAACCGCCCUUUUUGUUGACAAAAUGACUCUCAAGGCCCCGAGCAAGACAUGUUUUUACUUUUUUUUUUUUUUUUUUUUUUUUUUGCAUUUUAGAAGAACCUGAACUUCAGGUUUCUUGCAUGAACAUUUGAACACUUAUUGAUCUUUGAAGAAGCUCAAAUGUGCUGAUGUGGAUCAUGUGGUGCUAAAUUAUCACCAGUAUACAAGUAGUGACAGGACAGUUGAUUGUCAUUAUGUGCUUUAAUCUACAAUCUGCUGUUAAAAGCCUCUAUCAUUAUAAAACACACAGACAAAACUGAUAAACCAUUGACAGUUACUGGCUUAGGACUCUACAAUCAUUAUUGAAGGUCAGUCCCAUGAGCUUUAAGGCCAGCGCCCCAGACUGUACACAUAAAGACUUUAUUAUUGAGCGUAUCAGUCUCGGGGUGGAACCAGAAUGAAAUUAUGCUUGCAUUGUAGGAAACAUGAAAAGGAGGCUAUUUAGUUGGAUGCAGAGGGGGAAAAACUAUAGGCAAUAUUUUAAGUAACAAACUUUGCAUUAAAACAGUGGAGCAAAAAUAAUCUUGUUUGCAUGAAAUUAAUAGUUAACUUCUUUUAACAUUUGUGAGACAGUCAAAGCGUUACAAGUGUUUAAAAACACUAAUGGUUUAAUGCCUAGGUUCCCAAAGUGGGGUACAUGUAUCCCCAGAGGUACACCAAUUGUAAUAGGGGGUGCGUGACUAAAUGAAAAACAAUUUACGCCUAACACUCACAAUUAUAAGUGCGCCUGAACGCCCCACAGCACAAGGAGACAAAGCAUGAAGUUAUUCAUUGCUCUGUGCAUCAUAUAAACAAAUAAGUACGUUUGAUGAUUAUUUUGUGCAUUAGGAGUGUUUAAUCUUAAAGAUUUCAUUUAUAUUGGUGUUUAAUUUAAUGCAAUCCAUUAAAAGAUGACAAUUUAAAAAAAAAGUGACAAUGUGGCUGCUUGCUAGCACCCUGAACCCCGAUGUCACUUCCUGUCUGUCAUCGAUCUGCUCAGUUAAAAAGUUUAAAGCAUAUUUAGAGGAUUGUAAACAGGCUUUCUAUGUCACAACUACGGAAAUAUUCAAUUUAUAAAGAAGGAAUCCUACUACUUACUUUUGUUUCUUCCAUAAAGGACGACUACUAACUGUAGUCAUAAUUCAGGUUCAACGUCCCCUGGUGGCUGUGAGCAGCGUAAGCAAUGACGUCAGCUUUGUACCUUUGAGAUUUCCACGCCCUUUGUCUCCUGCAUCUGCUGCUUCAGUGUAAUUUAAAAGUUCGAUUCUCACUGAACCAGUGACAACUCAUGUUGUUGUUGUUGUUGUUGUUGUUUUUAUUGGCAUCUAAAGAAACGGCGUUAGCAUUUGAUCCACAUAAUGGGAUGUGCCACCGCGUCGCUCCGCUGCUUUAAGCCGCAGCAGGUCAACAUAUUGAGCGCAGGAGGCGGCGCGACAUGCGCUGAGUCUCUGCGUGGCGUCCUACGUGGGCUCGGUGCCGUUCAGUGGUCGUGAUUGCAUCUUAAAGUCAAAAAGGAGAUAGACUUUGUCACACGUGGCGGUUUGCGGCCGAGAGGGGAUCCACUGGUCUGGCUCUGUAGGUUCGGUUCUGAUCGAGAGAGGGAAACGGGACACAUACGGAAGACACAUCCACGCGCCACGGCCACUCAGCAUCCCGCAAUGACCGUGACAGCGGCACAAAGCCCGGCCUCCCCUCACCACACAUGCACGCCGGCAUGGGUGCGUCCCCACGCUCGUUUUUGCAGAUGAGGAUUUGCAGCGCGGUUGCGCAAUGAGGCAAUCUGGAAUCAAGUAAGGACUUUAUUGAUACAUAAUCAGACAAUAUGGCCGAUCAGAGCAACAUCCAAUCCGCCGCCUCCAAGAGCAUCCGGCCCUUUAAAUCCAGCGAAGAGUACCUGUACGCCAUGAAGGAGGACCUGGCGGAAUGGCUGAACACCCUCUACGACCUGGACGUGACGGUAGACACCUUCAUGGAUGGUCUGGAGACAGGCUGCGCCCUGUGCCGGCACGCCAACAACGUCAACCGGGCGGCCCAGGACUUCCAGUUGGAGUACCCCGAGGCGGCCCAGUCCAUGAAGCUCCCCCGCAAAGAUGUGGUCUUCCAGUCUCGCAACGUUAGCCCAGGCUCGUUCCUGGCUCGGGACAACGUGUCCAACUUCAUCAGCUGGUGCAGGCAGGAGCUGUGGAUCAAGGACGUGCUCAUGUUCGAGACCAACGACCUGGUGGAGAGAUGCAACGAGAAGAAUUUCAUCCUCUGCCUGCUCGAGGUGGCGCGGCGGGGCUCCAAGUUCGGCAUGUUGGCACCCAUGCUCAUUCAGCUGGAGGAGGAGAUCGAAGAAGAGAUCCGAGACCACCAUGUCAACCUGCAGAUGGACCCCGGUGAGCCGGAGGAGCAGAGCCCGCCCAGCAGGUGUUUCAGCCGCAGGGAGAGCUGCCACAGCGUGGAGGACGAACCGGAACCAGAACCUUUCGUGUGGCCUCAGAAGAGAGUUUUAUGUGACAUGAGAAACCUGGACGAGCUGGUCCGUGAGAUUCUGGGCCGGUGUUCCUGUCCAGCACAGUUUCCUAUGGUCAAAGUGUCAGAAGGAAAAUACAAAGUGGGAGACUCCAGCGCGCUGAUCUUCAUAAGGGUCCUUCGCACUCAUGUGAUGGUGCGUGUUGGAGGAGGCUGGGACACAUUGGAGCACUAUUUGGACAAGCAUGACCCGUGUCGCUGUGCUGCCUUUGCCCAUCGCUACCAUCAAGCCAAAGGUCAAGGUCAGGGAGCCCAGAGCAAGUCCUCCAGUGCACAUUCGUCCCGCUCUACCAGUCCUGGUCCACACUGGCGCAAUGAUGGCAUGGCACCGUACAAAGCAACCCCCUCCGGACCGUGUGCCUCUUCCUCCUCCACGAGGGCAGGCCACCCUCAGAACGCUCCUGCUCCUCAUGAACCCGAAUCUCGUGCUGUUCUUCCACGGCCGCCCAGAGACCGCUCUGAGCCACGCCCCACCAAUCCUGUCAGGAAUAGGGAAACAAAGCUGCCGGUGACCCGUCGUCUGUCUGCAGACAGUGACUCCUCCACAGCUUCUUCCAAAGGAGGAGGAAGUGGGCGUUUCUCUCUUGGUGGGACAUUACACCGUUCCAGUGAAGAGGUUAUCCUACUUGUCAAUCGCAAGGAGGGCAAGCAUGUGAUUGAGAGGCCUGGAAAUCAGAGUACCCCACGUACCGCAUUGCCCCGUGCACGCAGCCAGUCCCGGGAGCGUUCGGCGCUCACUUCAGUCCUGAAACCUAGCCCACCACAAGCUUCUGAUGGAGUACGGCGCUCAUGCACGGAGAGGGGCCGAUCCCUCGCAAACGAAGGCCCCAGAAGGCUCCAUGCUCCACGUUCUCACAGCCAGAGUAAGGGUCCUGGGCAUAGUCGGUCAAGUGAAGCCAUAUCAGGGCCUGGUCCCACCCACAGGGAUCCUCUACCAGCAGAGAGACGAGAGGACUCUCGCAAUAAACAAGUGCCCCCGUCUUCCCCCAGAAUAGGUGGUGUGUUCUCUAAGAGGCAGUCAUCCUCGUGCUCCAACUCACCCAUUAAAGGAGUACAAAACAACAACAACAGCCCCAGUAAAAAGACAAUAAAUACUCCCAGACCCCCUCGUUCACCGUCUACAGGAAAAGGCAGACUGCUGCCCCCAGUCACUUCAGGAGGUCGACGUUCUCCUCAUUCCUCUCCACGGAAUACUCAUCAUCAACCUGCCCGCUCUCUUCGAUCGUCCCACGCCCCUUGGCCUAAUGGGCGAGGCCACAGUAGAAAUUGUUCUGGGCUGGAACAUCAGCAGCCUGAGGGUGAAGGGCUGGGCUUAGGCUUCCAGAUGCUGCCAUCGCUGGACCUCCAGAGAGAGCAGGAUCUGUAUCGCAGCUUUGAGGCUGAGUACUUAGCCAAUACGCAGCAAGCCAGAGGCAGAUCGAGCCGAGGAAUUGGCCAGCAUUGUGCAAGAACUCAUUCCGUGCCAACACUCAGUGAUUCUAAUAUCACAGAUUCUGCUUAUUCCUCCUCUAAUUCCUCCUCUUCCUCCUUGAACGUGGGCGCAAAGAUAGGUACCCUGCCGAACCUCAGGGAGUCCAAAAGAGCUAACCCUUGCCCAUUUCCCCCAGAGGACCCCUUGAAUUUACUUUAUGGACAGAAUUUCGGAGGACCACACAACUUUUGUCAAGGGGAGCCUGAACACUGGAGAGAGUAUGGAGGGCGUUUAAAGAAGCUCCCAUCCAUCUCUAGCUACAAGGGGGAGAAGGCACAUGGGGACUCAAACAGACUGUUCAAUCAGGGAGCUCCACAAGCCAUCCAUUGUAAAAAUAUGAAUGGAGACCAUGGAAGUCCUCCUACAGAGGCCCAACAGGAUCAUGGUUGGCACAUAACACCACAAGGAGAUGUCCCUAAUCAGAAUCACCAGCCAAGCUUACCAUAUGAUGUACACAGUGAUGACAGUGAUGGCCUCCCGCCCCCAGAGGCCUGCCCUUCGCCUGUCCUCCUCCCGCCAUCCGAGGACUGCUCCUUCCAGGAUUCAUCUAGUGAAAACUCUUCAAUGUGCUUUAGCCUAAGCGAAUCGCACUCCGAAUCCCCCCCGCCGUCAUCACUGCUGGCCAAUGGCGACACGUGCGUGGAAGGGCUGCACACUAAAAAAGACCAAAAGAAGUGUGACAGUGUUAGCCUCACUUCGAAGCACAAACUGGCAAAGAUGAGACCUCGCGCUGACAACAGGCCAGCAAACAGCCCCUCACGCAUCCCCACACUGGUCAGCUACAGAGACGCACAGGUUCACGAGGUACUUUCACCCUGCCACACGCCACCACUCUCCCCUCAGAGCUCCUGCCCUCCCCCUCGCAACAUCCUGCACCAGGCAAUCACUGAUGUGGUUCUUCCUCAACCUUGUUCUCCUGACAUGGGCUACAAAGAACGCACCUUCCCUGGAAAGUCAGGGAGCUUGGACACUGAAGCUUGGAUGUAGCACAGAGCAAGAGGAAAACAGCACAUACUGUAGGGGUGGUGCUGUCCUUAACAAUGACUACUGUGUACUUUUAAAAAAGACUGCGGACUGAGCUGAUAGACUCUGUAUUGCAUGUCACAUUGCUUUUAUUUUGCACUCAAGCCAAAUUAUUUAUUACCAAAGGAAUGUUGUUUAACAUGACUUUUACUGUCAUUUAUUUAAAGGUGUGCUUGGGGAAUAUUUUGCCAAUCAUUAGGUUUUUAUUUUUUAUUUUUAUUUUUGCUUGACAUUUGCAGAGCGAUAGAGAGAGCAUAUGUGCUGCCAUGUGUCAAGUGCCAGAGAUUUUAAAGCUGAAAUUGUCCAAAACACAUAACCUUAGCCAAAUGCGUUGGCGCCCUCUUGUGGUUUGCUAUGGCCUUGCAAGUCAGAAAACUGCUCACCCGCUCCACUUCAGAGUUUAGUUUUUUUUUAUUGGACUCGGUAUCGAAGUACAGUAUAUACAUGGAUAAGGUUUUGAUUGAUGCAGUAAAAGCAUUUAACGUCAGCUUUGGAUUCAUUGUGUAUGGGCCAAUGGGGGUUACAUUGCUUUGUUGUCACUGUCACGGACAGAAAUGUGGAGAGUCCUCCAACCAAAACGUACUUUGAAACACACUGCGUGAUACACAUGUGCGGAUGUCCUUAGCUUAGGAGAGAAAGAAUGUGUAAAUAUACAAUUUGAUGUUCAUGUGCCCGCUCAGCAUUGCGGGUGCUUUGUAUAUAAGAUGGCAAUGAAUAUAAUGUACAUAGUUGUUGUUUUAAGUCCUGGGUUGCCUUAGCUAUGCAAUAUUGGUGGUGAGAUGCCUUGACAAGUCCCUUCGCCUUAAAAUAUUCUCACAGGUUACGUUUUGAAUGUUUCAGUUAAAAAUCACAACACUACAUUGCGCCAUCGUUCCCGGUUCUCAAAAUUAGAGGGUUUUGAAUGAGAAUGUCGGUCAUUACCAAUGUGAAUUAAAUGCACAUUCACGCACAUUCAAGCAAUGAUUGCCUAUCCAUCCAAAUUUGAUCUAUGGUGACUUCAUAGUGGAAAGACACACCUAUUCUUCCAUAGGAGAAAAUGUUCUGGUGCUAAUUGACCCAAAGCCUCUUGCAGUGCAGCGGUAUGAUGACAUUUGAUUGAUAAAGAGUGACUUAACUCCAGUGUCUGCAUAAAUAAUAGAUAUGUAACGGGAUAUUAAAGGCUUCUCCUGCUGCCAUCUCUGUGUAAACUCGACAGGUAGCGCUCAUUUGAAAGUGAAAAAGGAGGAAAUGUGUCAGUGCCCUGCACGCGUCCGAGCUAAAAAAAAAUGCUCACAAUAAAUCGAUAAUAAUAAUUAGCAGUAAUGACACGAAUGACCAUAUUUUUAUGGUCAUAAUCUGAUUAAGGAGACAUUGCAGGCCGCUGACACUUGACUGAGUUUAAAAGGACUGUGUAUACAUGUGUGUACAUAUUGUAUGAGUUGAAUGAAAGAGAGGUUAAUGAUGAUCCUAUUUAUUUAUUUAUGAAGUGAUGUCCCAUUGGACUCACAUGGCAUCCUUGGCCGAGGUACUGUAAAUGAACGCCGUAGAAGGAAAGCCCUAUUUGGGAAACAUGCAUUUUUGAGAUUCCUUCAUUGAAAUUUUCAUUAAUUUAAAGAGACAUAAUUUGUUAGAAAUCAACCCAGUUCCAAACUGCUAAUGGUUGUUUACUGUAGUAGUUUUGCAAAUCUGAACAUGUUUUUCAUCUUGUAAAGGUUUUUAAAAUGAUUGAAUGCAGAUUAUUUGGUAUUUAUAAAAGUCUGUCAGAAUGGAGAACUGUCAUUUAUUGACAUGUAGUUUAAUCUGCGCUCAAGUUUAAGAGGAAAAACUAUUUCAUGGUCUUUGAUCUGCCCCCAAACCAGCAAAAUCCGAAUGUUGUAUGCUGAUGUUUUCAUUUCGAGUCAGUCUAUUAAAUGCACAAAUUGUGAAACUUUGAUGUACAAAGCUGCAAUACGUCACUGUUGUUUUUUUCCAGAGGUGAAAAUGCUGUCAAUUUGUUCUUUUAAUAAAUACUUUCCUCUGAA